AAUUUAAUAUGACAUAAUCAUGUUGUUUUUAUCAUUUGCAAGCGUUACUUGCAGAUUUACCAAACAUAUAUUUAGUACAGUUUUGUCUGAUAAAUCUCUAUUUAUUUACGACAUUUCAACUGAAUAAUACAAUAAUCAGUCGCACAAUGGCUAACGAAGGUAUCCCGUCGACAGAGAUUGAGGCGUUAUGUAAAACUCCACACCCCUUUACUAAGGGUUUCAUGUGCCAGCAAACAAUGUACCGUAUAAAGGACCCGAGAAAGUCAUUACCCUUCUAUACUGAAGUUCUAGGAAUGACUUUACUUGAACAGCUUCACGUCCCCGCUCGGAAAUACUCCAUUUUCUUCCUUGGACAUGAAAACCCUGAAGAUAUACCAAAAGAUCGCAAUGAGAGAGUUGCUUGGAUGAUGUCUAAGAAAGGAGUAUUGGAGUUGACACAUAACUGGGGCACUGAGAACGACGAUUCUAGUUAUCACCAUGGUAACACAGAGCCACAAGGAUUCGGUCAUAUAGGAAUUAUUGUUCCUAGCCUUAAAGACGCUUGUGCUAAAUUCGACGAACUAGGUGUAAAGUUCGUGAGACGACCUGAGGAGUUUUCAGCAAAAGGUCUAGCUUUUAUUGCGGAUCCCGACGGCUAUUGGAUAGAAUUACUUGAUGUUAAUGAAAUUUUGACCAAUUGAACAUAGAAUAUCGAUUAUGAUUUGAAUUAUUUGGUAAAAUAAAACCUCUGUGAAUAAUAUCUAUUGCAUUAAGACAUUCAUUGAGAUGUCGACAACGGGGUGAAUCUUUUUAAUUGAAUGGUAGAUGAAAUUAUAGAAAUAAAUGUUUAUAACCUAA